UCGUUUUUCUCAUCCUCUGCCAUUGUCGUUCGGUUGUGUGGAAAGUGCUCUCGCGCACUGACUUGCAGCGCACCUGCGCACAUAAUGCCACCUGCUUCUGCAUCCGCACAGUGCAACCUGCGUGUAGUGCCGUAAAGUGAUCCUACCGGCAAUCCUUUGUUUGAGAAAGUAACUGUAUUCAGAAUACACCAAUUUAAACUGGAACUAAAACGGAAUACAAUUACUCUUAUUUUGUAUUUUAAAUACGUAACGCCGUUACAUGUAAUCCGUUACUUCCCAACCCUGCCGACACCACAUGAAUGCACCAUAAAGCAUUCAAUUAUUUUACUUUCAUUUCAGGUAGAGGAACAUGGCCUCCGUUACUUUUCUGCUCUUAACGCUCGCUGUCCUCAACAGUGCAGGAAGUUCACAGAGCUUUGUGAAAAUUCACUGCAAGACUCAAAACUUCGGACAGUAUGAGCAGCAGUCACGACUUGACUGUGUAAUCCACUACUCAAAAGAGGUAGAAGAUCCUGAAAUCGUGGUGGUAACUUGGAGUAGAGAGGGGGUUGAAGAACUUCUACUUAAAUACAACCAAGGAAAACUUAGAUCGUUGCUUGAAUAUUCAUUUGCUGAACCGUCCUGGAACAACAAGAACGUGAACGUAUCCCUGCUCAUUCACAAAACUGCUGUUAAGGACGAGGGAGAUUAUACAUGUUAUGUGUUCACAGACAGUGGUUUUAACAUCAACCAAACCAGACUGAACGUCACAGCCAAAUACGGAGUGCCAACUAUUCAGCCUCAACCUCAGGACAUUGAUCUCAGCACCGACGGUUCCCUGACAUGCAAGUCCACCGGCUACCCAAAAGGCCGACUCAGCUGGUUUGAUAAAGACAACAAGCCUCGGUUAGACCAACCCGAGGUGAAGGUGCUGAAGACAGAGAAUGGUCUGUUUAUCCUCUCAAGCACGCUGAAAAUACAGGGAGGAUCUGCCUUCUCCCAGUACACCUGCAAAGUGUUCAACGCCAGAGGAGACGAAGAGGCGGAGAAAUCCUUCACAGUGCAGAACAAACCAUCGGCCGAAGGGCAUGGACAAGACUCAAACAUGAUUUUGAUAGUGGCUCCUGUGUUGGUCGUCGGGUCUCUGAUCUUGCUAGUGUUGCUACUUUACAAAAUAGGAUCUCAGCGUGACCAUCAAGUCGUGAUACACAUGGAGGAAGGAGAUGAUCAGGAAACGGAGGGAGAUGUUCAAGAAAGUCUGACUACAGGAGAAACCAAGACCACUCUUACUGACGACAAGUCAGUCCUUAAGUCCUCCAAGCGGGCGACCUGGGUUUGAGUCCAACCAGUGGCUGCUUUGCCGCCUGUCUUUCCCCACUCUCUCUCCAUCUCCCUCCCUGAUUUCUGACUGUCCUCUCUGUAAAUAAUAAAACCCCCAAAACAGACUGAGUCUCCUCUUCAGCCAUCACUGAAUCAAAGACUGUGUGGGGAUGCACCUGAAAGUUUGGGAAUUUCAUUCACUCUGUGAGAGUAUGUAGUCAUAAGACAAACCCUUCAGGUUCCCAAACCAAGUCUCCACAGAUUGAGCUACUGCCGCCCCAAAGAGUUUUGGAGUGGCGGCUGCUGCGGGAGCCUCCCUCAGUAAUUUUUUGACUUUUUAAAAUUAUUUUUUGUGACUCAUAAAAAUCCCAUCACUUUGACUUUAAGGUGUUUUAUGUGCUUUAUUGGGUCCAUUUGUAGGUUGUUGUUGUUGGCCCCUUAGGUCUUAGUUGACACAGCAGACAGCCAGCAGCCUCCUUCUGUCAAUCUUUGAUAGCUUUGAUUUUGAGUUUAACCACAAUGCAUCCUUCUUCUCAUGAAUAAAGAAAGCUUUGAAGAC